AUGGACGACGAAGGUCUGGUACGUUUGGGUGGACGUCUUGAAAGAUCACCUCUAUCAUAUGACUGUCGACAUCCGAUUAUUUUGGGAAAAGGAUCGCAUCUAGCUGCUCUUCUAAUCAGAAGGUCUCACGAAGAGGUGAAGCAUUUUGGAGUAAACACAGUACUCUGUAACCUGAGGCAGCGCUAUUGGCCAAUAAGAGGAAGGGAACAAGUGAAGAAGAUCUUAUCGAGCUGUGUCUUAUGCAAGGAAUGGCGUGGUAAUCCUGGUGUUCAAUUUAUGGCUGACCUUCCUGCAUCGAGAGUUGACUUCCCAAACCAACCAUUUACCUUGACGGGCGUUGAUUAUUUUGGCCCUAUAACCAUCAAAGCUGGCUUUAGAGGAGGUCGACGAGAAAACAGAUACGGAGUCGUGUUUACAUGUCUACAAACACGCGUUGUUCACCUUGAAGUUGCCCAAUCUCUAUCAACUGAUGAUUUCUUGAAGGUUUUUUCUCGAUUUGUCGCCAGGGGACCAAUUUCGUUGGAGAAGAGAGAGAAAUACGCCAGUUAGUAAAAGAACUAUGCAAUGAUGUCGUUCUAAAGGCGAAGCUACAACAAGAAGGCUUGGAUUGAAACUUCAGUCCUCCUUUUGUUCCUCACAUGGGAGGAACCUGGGAAGCCAUGGUAAAACUGGAAAAACGUGCGAUAACAGCCACAACAAACGGAGUUCAACUCACAGAUGAUGAACUUUCCACCGUUGCAGCUGAAUGCGAAGCCAUGUUGAAUAAUCGUCCGUUGACGUAUGUAGGAAGUGAUCCAGAUGACGUAGAGCCUCUGACCCCAUCGCAUUUCUUAGCUGCAGGACAGUUAAUGCCAUUGCUGCCGAGCGAAAUCCAAGUUGAAGAAGUCUCACCAAUACGGCGUUGGCUAUUUCUACAGUCCAUCAUGUCAAAGAUUUGGAAAACGUAGCAGAAAGAAUAUCUGCCUUGCCUUCAACGACGGCCAAAAUGGAAUCAAACAGUACGAAAUUUGGAACCUGGUGACUUAGUGUUAAUAUUGGACCCAAAUCAGCCAAGAGGACGGUAGCUAAGGGGCAAAAUUGAAGAAACAUUCCCAGACGACCGAAACGUUGUGCGAUCAGCCAAAGUCUUAACUCAGAAUGGAGUAUUACACAGACCUGUGACUAAACUUAUACUCUUAUUAAGAGAACAUUAAUUUCUAUAGAACAUUAACUUAUUUUGUAGUCGCCCAGACUGCUCCGCCUCUGGACUGGACGGGGAGCAUGUUUAUACGAUUGAAUGAUUUUGCAUAUAUGUAAAUAGUGUGCUAAUGUGUGGGUGUUAUGCAACUAUGAAUACGUACUUUGCUAAGCGAACUAUAGUCAGUUAUUUAUGAAAUAUCGUGAAGAACUUGAAGUCAAACUUGAAGUAAUAUUAUAUGAAAUGAAGUAUAUGAAGUUAAAUAUAUAAAGUCAAAACACUUGCUUUAUUUUUACAACAACAUCAACGUAUAAGAAUCGUAUAUGAAAACAUCCGCCAUCGCUUUUCAUAUUUAUCUCCUCCCAGCCCGUGUACACAAUACUUGAGGUGUUCACUUGGAUGACAACAUUAAUACCGAUUGGAAGCGUUGGAAGGACACUUUUCUUUCAAUCGUUUCAGAAUUCAUUCCUAAGAAGCAAUUGAAAGGUAGAAAUCCGUUACCAUGGAUCAACGGCGAUAUUCUCCAUCAAAUUAAGAAAAAAGACUCCUACUGCACAUCUUUACGAGAAAUACAAGAGAAUGCGUUCUAAAGUUAAACGGUUACUUAGUGACAGCCGCGAGAAUUUCUUCUCCUCGGUUAACAACAACUUUAUUAACAAUCCCAAGCGCUUUUGGUCUGUCCUUAAACAUAAAUAAAAAACUUGCAGCAUCCCCGAUUUCAUUUCAAUGCCUGCAGCACUCAACUCCUCCGAUUAAAUUCACAUUAGACCUAGCGCCACGAGACCAGCUGAAAUAGCCAAUAUGUUCAAUACUUACUUUGCAUCAGUAUUUGCAACAGACAACUUAUCUGAUCAAUCUGAAGAACUAAGUACUGACCCAUUCAUAUCUGAAGUAAUUGUAAGCGAACUGGAAAUUGAAACUUUACUUAAAACCCUCGAUAGCAACAAAGCAACCGGUCCAGGUGAAAUUCCAGCCAGACUACUCAAAGUGACUGCCUCCAUCAUUGCUCCCUCUCUUUGUAAAUUAUUUAAUAAAUCAUUACGUUUUGGCACGGUUCCAGAAGAAUGGAAGCUAGCAAAUGUUGUACCUGUAUUUAAGAAAGGUGAAAAAGAUCACUGCGAAAACUACAGACCGAUCUCACUCUUAUCGAUUGUUUCGAAACAGCUAGAACGUUGUGUCUUUAUGAACAUCAUGUGCCAUUUGUCCCAGAUCAUCUGCAAGUGUCAACACGGGUUCCUUCGAGGUAAAUCAUGUGUAACAAAUCUUUUAGAGGCAAUUGACUAUAUUGGCAGGAUUCUGGACAAUGGGGGACAGGUAGAUACGAUCUAUCUCGAUAUGUCUAAAACCUUUGAUCGGAUUAAUCAUACGAAAUUAAUUACUAAACUGAGAAAUUACGGCUUCGGUGGUAAUUUACUAAAGUGGUUUCAGUCAUACUUAUCGGAUCGUUGUCAGUGUGUAACGGUACUUGGUUGUAUCUCAAACACACUUCCUGUAUCAUCAGGUGUCCCGCAGGGCUCUAUUCUUGGACCAGCGCUAUUUUUGCUGUAUGUCAACGAUCUUCGUGAUUCAGUAAAGACCAGCGAAGUAGCCAUGAUUGCAGACGACACAAAGUUAUUUUCAUCUGUCAAAUGUCAGGACGAUGCUAUGUUACUUCAAAGUGAUCUUAGAAACUUAGGACACUGGUCAUCUGUAUCUGGUUUGACCUUCAAUGAAAAGAAAUGCAAGCAGCAACGAAUAACGAGAAAGAUUACACCAGUAACGUCAACAUCAUAGAUAUCUCAUAUACACUAGAUAGCGCAUCUCAGAAUACAAAACUGAAGCCAAAAAUCUCAGCGGUUUCCCCCAUGAAAAUAGGCGGCGGCCAUAUUGGUCGUUCCCACUCAUCAAUGAAAUUCUAUAGAAAAUACUAUAUUUUUCUGCAUUUGUGGAUUAAAAAUACCUUUUUGAGAUAUGUUCGCGUUGAAAUCGCAUCUUUUUUGGAAAAGGUUACAAGAAAAACAUUAAUUGGCGAUGUUGUUGUCUUUCAAUCGCAUUUUAAAGCUAAAAAUUUUGAAUUACUGCAUUCUUUAUCAUUGUCAAGUGUAAAGUGCAUAUUCAAACUGUGGAUGAUUCUCUGGUGAAAUAUCGUAUAAUAUACAUCUUCUUACAGUUUCUGGCACCACUUUAUGGAAAUAGAAAAUUGGUAAGUAACGUUUAGAUUAUCAGCGAAGGCAGUUUAUACUGUAAAAUGUUUAAGACCGAGUCUUCACUUUGAACUUUCAGCUUCGGCAAUUUUCACUGUAAAUCUUUAGUAAAAUGUUUAAUUAUUAUAACUAACACAGAGUCUGCACUUGGUCAUUUUUCACUGUAAAUCUUUAGUAAAAUGUUUAAGACGGAGUCUGCACUUUCAGCUUGGGCAUUGUUCACUGUAAAUCUUUAAUAAAAUGUUGGAGACAGAGUCUGCACUAUCAGCUUGGGCAUUGUUGACUGUAAAUUUUUAGUAAAAUGUUUGUGACAGAGUCUGCACUUGGGCAUUGUUCACUGUAAAUAUUUAAUAAAAUGUUUGAGACACAGUCUGCACUUUCAUCUUGGGUGGUUUCACUCUAAAUUUUUAGUAAUAACUAACUUUCUCUAAUACAUUCCAUGUAUAAAUCACUGGUGGUUAAAAAGUACAAGUUUGUUUAAUUUUUUUCCAAUUUUUUAUCCAGAUGAAUUCUCAGUGGUCUUCUUUCCAAGAUGAUAAAAUUUAGCUUUGCAGUAACUCUUGAUGUUCUUGAUCAACUGAACAACAUGAUUUUCACUAACUGGUGAGUCAAAAAGAUGGUGAUCUAGCUCAGUAAAAAGGCUGGAUAUGGACAAUGAAGAAGCCAGAACUUUAUCCUUAGGAAAUCUAUAAAGGAUGUUUAUCAGACAAAGAACUAAAGAAGCUGGAACUUUAUCCUUAGGAAAUCUGUAAAGGAUGUUUAUCAUGUAAUGCAAGUCUAGUUUCAAUCUAUAAAAUAGUAUAUACAUGUAAAAAUAAAUUGCUUACUGAUGAAAUGUCCUGGGAAGUUUUCUUUUGAGUUUUCAUUCUUCAUUACUUGACCCUUCACUAUCACUUCUUAUACUUUAUGAAAACUUAGGACAGACUUUUUACAUGUGGAACAUUCAAAAGCACAACACUGAGGACCUCUAACUUUUCCCAUUGCUGUGAAAUUUGCUGAGUUUAACUCAACUUAAUUACAAUUGGUGCCAAAAUGGUAAAAACCUUUUGCCACAAGUCUCCAAAAAUGUUUUUUAAAUUGAACAUGUUUUUUUAAUUAUAUUUACAGUAACCACUAAACUCAAAAGGCUAAAAUUGAGAGUUUAUCAUGUUUUUAAUUCCUGAGAGUACUUACAAAUUUUGUUUAUUUUUUAAGAAAAGUUUAAUAUUGUGCAUUUGAUAUGAGUCAAAGAAUUGGAAAGCACUAUUACACAAAGUCAAAAGUAGUAUUUUAUUAUAACAAUAGAAUUAUUCAUACAAUAAUGAAUGUAACUAUAUUUAAGAUUAUAAAAGUUACUGUGCAUCAAGCAGUUUAUUUCACUGAUCUUAUACUAUAAUGCAAGAAAUAAUGUGUGUCAUUACAAAACAGGUUUUCCCAUAUUAGCCUAAAGCAGUUCUAAAAUACAAAUUACUGUAUUAAUACAGUGACCUAUUACAGUAAUUUGGCAGUUUGAUUGCUUGAAUUAAAAGCAAAAAGUCUUGUACUCACAGGACUCAAUAGAAAGAAAUGUUUCUUAACAUCAAUUAAAGAUAGUUUGAAGCAUAUUCAUACCAUUGGAUUAUCAACUAUAUUUACAUAAAACAAUAGCAAUUACGUUACUAUAUUGCCUGCGAAUAUAAAGUUACAAUUGUUCUCUAGCUUCUAAUAGAUUUUGAUCAUGAUGUGAUUCCAUGGAACUACAAAAUAAUACAUGAUAUGUUGUAUGUAAAUAAAUAUACACAUACUAAGAAGUAAGAAUCAUUUUUGUUUUGGUUCAUUCCAUGUUUUAUAUUGACUACUUUUGCCAUAAUUGAUAAACUGUGACUAAAAUGUUUUUCAAUGUUGCCGUCUUUCACAAAUACAUUUACAAUUUUGCCAUGAAGCAAUGGCGAUACUAGCUCAAAAUGUCUUAUUUGGAAUUGGUGGAACUAUAUUUAUAUAUUAAUAUGCAUCAAAAUCUUAGUUCCACACACAACAUGAUAUAUUUAACAGCAAAAUAUUGAAAAAUCGCAAUGGUUUGUCGAUAGUUGUCAUAUGGCCGCCCUUCAUACGGGUCGACAAAUAUUGAUAUUUUCAGAAAAAAUAAUUAAAUUUUGCCUACCCGUUAUUCACAAUAUGAAGCUCCAAUAAACUGGCAUCGUUGACAACAAGUUCCACACUUAGAAACCCAAAAUUGACUGCAUAAAAGAGGAUUUAUGGUCAACUUUGUCCAUUUCCGCAAUACAAAAUAUACAAAUUAUCACGCUCCGUGGGAACGACCAAUAUGGCCGCCACGCGUAAAAUGCGACUGCGAUCAGGCUUCAAUUUUCGCCCGGCUACAGGGUGGGAUGCGCUAUCUAGUGUAUAUGAGAUAUCUAUGGUCAACAUAUAUGAUAAACGAUCACCAAUUAAACACAACCGACACUGAAAGAGAUCUUGGUGUAUGUAUAGCAUCAAAUCUUACAUGGAAAACACAAGUUCACCAUCAGGCGUCAAAAGCAAACCAACUGUUAGGCUAUAUAAGAAGAAAUACCAUGUUCAUCAAAAGUACUGCACCAAGACGAACAUUGUAUCUUGCACUGGUUCGAUCUCAUUUCGGGUAUGCCUCCCAGAUUUGGGCACCGCAGACCAUUAAACUUAUUGACAUUUUAGAAAGAACUCAGAGGCGGGCAACAAAAUAUAUUUUGAAUUUGCCAUUCUCGGCAGACGUAGACUAUAAAACAAGAUUACAAUCCUUGCAUCUUCUUCCCGUAUCUUACUGGCAUGAAUACCUAGACCUGGUCCUCUUCUUCAAAAUCACACACGGUUUGGUAGAAAUGUCUGCUCUUCCUGACAUUCAUGUUAUGGAAAGAACGACACGAUCAUCAUCAAGUAAUAACGCUAAAUUGUCCGCAAAUGUAAAACCAGUACCUACCAGCAGUCGUUUUUUGUCAGAACGUGUCGAAUAUGGAACUCUCUCGUAGAUGAACUAAAUUAUGACACGAACUGCUUCAAUUCCUUUAGAUCAGCCUUACUGGAACACUAUCACAAAUCUUUAGAAGUUAAUUAUAAUCCUGAUAAUCCUCGAACAUUUAAAACUAUAUGCCUGAAAUGUAACUCUGUACGAAGUCUUACAUAUCCGAUAUCCUACUGCUUUUAGUAACUAAUAUUGUUUGUUCGUAGGUUUGUUAGUCUGUCCAGUUGAAUGCCCGCUGUUUGUUUGAUUGUAUCCAAUUGGGCCCGCAGUAAUUGGCAAUAAGCUGUUGCGGUGUCCCGGCCACUCUGUUUUGUUAUUGUAAUUUUAUGCCGGCAAAGUUAAUAAAUUAAGAUCUUUUAAUUCUCGUUCUUAUGGGGUUUUUCUUCUUGAUGUAGUAAAGUAUUGUACUGUUCAACCAAAGGAGAUGGUUUCGACCUCGUAGUGUUUACGUCGGCACAAAUUUCGAUACUGCGCCCUAAGACGCAUUUUUUCACGCGAGCCAAUCCUGGUUGAUAUCGGUUGAUAUAGGUUGAUUGAGGUCGAGGGAUUGAAGAUGCUUUCGUAGACCAUCGUGGAAAAUUGAUAUCGCCAGCGACACAGAUUAAUUAUAUAUUUAUUUCCAAACUUAAUCUAUGGCAGCGAUUACAAUUUUUGAAUGACGCUCUUGCGAAGGUAAGAGCCUGGGAACGAGGUUGUAGCAAUGCGUGGAUAAAACCCAAACAUCAAACCAGACAAUCAACUGAAUUAUCUCGGGAUGAAGGCAAACCGGAAACUAGUAACCGCUUUGAAGUCUUCAAUCAAAAUACAAGUUCCCAUGUUGUAACACCAGUGGUGAUGAAAGACCUCGAGAAAUAAGUUCAAGAUCGCGUCAAAUUACCCGACAAAACAAAUAAAUCUAGUUUAUCUACCAAAAAAACACACUAUAGAUUGUAACCAACGUUGUAAUCCGAUUGCGAUUGAUGUUGAAGACAAACCUGAAACCAGCAACCGCUCUGAUGUCCUCAAUAACUUAAAAGAAAAUGCUAUUGACAAACCAACGGUUUCUCCAAAUCAGUCUGAAAAUCCACCAAACCAACGUCGUAAUCCGAUUGAUGUCGCCAUACUUGGUGAUUCGAUGAUAAAGUUAAUUAAUCCUUCUAAAUUACGGAAAAGCUUGAAACGUAACGUUAUGGUGAAAACGUUCCCCGGCGCUAAUGUCGGCGAUAUGCAACAUUAUGCUAAACCGACGGUCGAGAAAAAUCCUAAAAGCGUAAUUUUACAUGUUGGUACUGAUGAUUUAAAACAUUCAACUCCUAAAGAGAUAGCAGUAUCGAUAUCUUCACUUGGAAAACGGAUAGAGGAGAACUCGCCGGAAACAAAAAUGGUUAUCUCAGAAAUAAUAUCGCGAUUCGACGAUUCAAGCCUUAUGCCCAAAAUAGAAAAUUUGAAUGCCAGAUUGAAGCAGGUAUGUGACAAUAACAAUUUGGGGAUUCAUAACACAUAA